GCCAUUCCUGGGAUUCAGCGGUAUCCGCCCGUUGCGCCCCUCCUUCAACGUUUGUCGACUGCGUGACGGGCGACGCCGCCAACGAAGCAGCAAAGAAACCGCCUUAAAGGUCGCCCAAUUGCCCCACGAACCGUUAAAUUCCCAUCGUUCUCACCCGAGACCACCAAAUCGGAUCGAGCGAGAGUCCUUUGGCACGAUUCGAGAAACCCUAAAGACAUGAUCUUGGAAGCUGCUGUGCAGGAGGGGGAUGCAGUAGUUUUAGGGCCAAUCUUGCAGCGGGAGGGAGAAAUCCUAACGAGGAGCAUUGGCGGGGAUGUGCUGCUGCUUCCGCCUUCUAACUUCGGGGUGGUGGACCGAGGGAUCUACCGCUCCGGGUUCCCCAGCGAGGAAAAUUUCCCCUUCUUGAAGGCUCUGAACGUGCGAUCCAUCGUGUACCUGUGCCCGGAACCGUACCCAAAGGUCAAUGCCGAGUUCGUGAGGUCGCAGGGGAUUCGGCUUUUCCAGUUUGGGAUUGAAGGAAGCCGGGAGUCAUUUGUAACUGUAUCUAACCGUCCUAUCAUGGAGGCUCUAAGAGUCUUACUUGAUAUAAGGAACCAUCCUAUUCUAAUCCACUGCAAACGAGGAAAGCAUCGGACCGGUUGCCUUGUCGGCUGUUUCAGAAAAUUGCAGAAUUGGUGCCUAUCCUCCAUGCACGAAGAAUACAUAAAAUUUGCAUCACCCAAGAUUCGGCCAUCAGACAUGAGAUUUAUUGAGAUGUUUGAUGUUUCACACAUGAUGCAUUGCGUACUUGGUAUUAUUUAUAGGUACCACGGUUUUGGUCACCAGGCUCCACGCCUUGUUUAUCAAAAGGCAUAGUGGCAUGCCAGCGACUUCUAAGCCAGGAAACUCUUCUUACACAGAAAGCUUGUAGCACAAUUGUCCAUUUGCUUUCCUGACCUUUUAUCUGCAAGGAGAAGCAUGUAUAUGGAUUCUGCUUGCACUUCGUUGUCCUAAACAUUUUUGUGUUUGUUUUUCUAUACAGGAUAUGACUUGGGAAAGAUUGUAACUCUAAUGAGAAGCUAUGUGUGCAGGUGUAAGAACUACAUAUUUAAUGAAAACAAAUCUUUUUGCA